AUGUUUUCUGCUAGCAGUGUGUCGAAAUAUCUGACUGGUGAUGAUAAUACCUUCCCUGCACCUGAAUGUAAAGAAGUACCUGGUGAUCUUAAUGGUAGUUUCAAGCAGCCUAAGUCCUUUGGAAAGUCGAUGAUUUUACAGGAGUAUAGUUUAUCGAAAACCAAGGCCAUCAUCGAGAUUCUUCAGUCAAAAUUUUUAUUGAAGAUUUCAGUUAUUCUGCUGCUUCUGAUAAAUAUGUCAAUAUGGGUAUGUCUAAACCCACCCAUGAUUUCGUUGAGACCCUUUCCCUCAAUUGUGGCUUUCAACCAUCUGCUUGGAGCAGUUUCCAAGAUGAAACACUAUGAGCUUGUUGUUUCCAUGUGUAAACAGAUGAUGGAUUUUGAUGUCGUUGCAAUUAACAUUUGGCUCCGUUUUUUGUGCAAUUUGAAGAAAGUGAUCUUGGGUUUCUCUGUGUUGGCUAUGACUAUAAAACUUGGUCUUCAACCUGACCACUAUACCAUGAAUUCGCUGCUUUGGCUGAUUGAUGAGGGUAAGAUUGCCGAGCCAACUUAUGGUUUUAUUAUCAGGGGACUUUGCAACUCAGGGAAUAUUCGUUUUGCAGUUGUUUUGCUGAUAAAGAUGAAUGUAAAUGGAAGCUUUGAACCUAAUGUGAUAUGCUAUAAUACAAUUAUUGAUGGGUUUUGUAAAGAGAAACAAAUGGAUAAGGCUUUCAUUAUCUUUCAAGAUAUGUUUGAUCGGAGAAUUGAGCCAAAUGUUGUUACUUUUAGUUCGUUAAUGGAUUUUGCAGUGCUGAUCCAAGAAGCAAUAUCUCUAUUCGAUUUAAUGACACAAAAAGGCAUAGAGCCUAAUGUAGCCACUUAUAAUAUGCUAAUCCGUGCCUUGUGCAAGUUUGGUGAGUGGAGACUGACCACAAAAUUCUUUGAAAAUAUGAUUGGAUCUGAAAUUUCACCCGAUGCUGUAACUUUUAAUUCCAUGAUAGACUGUUUAUGCAAGGAGGGAAAGUCAUCAAAGGCUAGUGAAAUUCUGGAACUAAUGACUCGUAAAGGGAAAGAGAACCGAAGAAGCCACACCAUGUUGGAACUAAUGUGUCAAAGAAAUGUAAAAUCAGACGCCAUCACCUACAAUUCUUUGAUUCACGGAUUUUGUUAUUCAGGGAAAUGGGAAGAAGCGACAAGUUUGCUCCAUAGAAUGAUGAAUGAAAGAGUUGAUCCUGAUGUAGCAACUUUCAAUUCUUUUAUCAAUGCUUUAUGCGGGGAAAAGAGAACCAAAGAAGCCAACACCAUGUUGGAGCUACUGUGUCAAAGAAAUGUAAAACCAGAAGUCGUGACCUACAAUUCUUUGAUUCACGGAUUUUGUCAUUCAGGGAAAUGGGAAGAAGCGAUGAGCUUGCUUGAUAGGAUGAUGAAUGAAGGAGUCCAUCCUGAUGUUGUGACCUUCAGUUCAUUAUCGAUGUUUAUGCAAGGAAAAGAGGACUAA